CUUGCCUUAUUUUUUACUACCCAAAAUCCCGAACCAAUGUGCGCACUACGUGUACCGGCCAUGGCUGCCACUGGCUUUGCCGCACAAUCGAUUCUCCGAAGAGUAGUUCCCUCAUUUCUAUCUACUCGCCCCACCACUCAUGUCGUCGGAGACGUCUUCUCCGGUACAACCCUCAUCCUCCGAACACCUCUACACCCCUCAGCUUUUGGAAUAUGCAGCCUACCACAGGCUAUUAAGGGUGAUGCUGAUAUUUUACUGAAAGGAGUGGGAGAUAAGAACCCCAUUGAAGAUGUGAAACGUAUUGUUGAACUGGCAAAACGGGCAUCAUUAAGACGAGAAGUUUUACAUACUGAUUUUCUGACUCCGCCUGUCUUAAAAGAGUCAAUGCUAGUCUUAGAAAGGUUAGCUGAUCUCAAAACAGUUGCACAAGGAGGAUACCCAGAGGCCGAACGAUGCCGACUCUCAGUUGGACACGCAGAGGCAUUAACAAGUGAUCCAGAUAAUGUUGCAGCCUUGAGUAUUUCAGGGAACUUUUCAUUUCAACCUUGUUCUCACGGUGAUUUCCUUGGUGCAAUCCUUGGUACAGGGAUUGCAAGGAAUAAGCUGGGAGAUAUACUCUUGCAGGGUGAAAAGGGAGCUCAUGUUCUUGUUGUUCCAGAACUUUCUGACUUCCUUGUAUCAGCAUUGGACAAGGUUGGAAAUGUUUCUGUCUCUUGCAAGAAGAUUCCAUUGCUUGCCCUUGAAUAUGAACCACCAAGGACAAAGUCCUCAAAAUCCAUUGAGGCAUCAUUGAGACUUGAUGCUGUAGCUAGUGCAGGAUUCAAAGUUUCACGAACUAAAAUGGCCAGUUUGAUUAGUAAUGGAGAUGUUCGUGUCAAUUGGAGCACCGUGACAAAAAGCAAUACUACCAUUAAGACUGGAGACAUGAUAUCAGUUAGCGGAGAAGGAAGACUUAAAAUUGGAGAAAUAAGCUCAACAAGGAAGGGAAAGUUCGCUGUUGAGCUCAUCCGGUAUUUGUAAAGCAUAAAGUUAUUUGGCGAUAUGAUUCCAACAACUUAAAGGCUGCUAUAGAUACUUAUCAAGCCCUCAUUUGCCAUGCCACCGCGCUCCCUAACCAAAGGCAACACCCAGGGGUACUCGAACCCAAGAUCUUUGAUUAAGGAUGAAGAAGUACUUAUCAUUCCAGCACAACCCUUGUUGCUCAUUUGUUACCUUUAGAUGUAAAUAAUUCAAGCCUAGACAUCUGAUCUUUGAAACAAAUGUGAGUGUAAGGAGUAGAGCUAUUAACACGGGCUGGCUCGGAUUGAGCGGGCCAUAGAUUUCAACGGCCUAGCUCAACCCAACUAUUCAUUUGAAAGGGCCUCCAAAAUACUAGCUCAAUUGAGCCCUAUGCGGGCCAGCGUGAGCUAGCACUAAAUUUUAUUUUUUUGUCAGAAAAAUCUAUGAGAAAGUUAUUUUCUAGGAAGAAAUCUUCUUAGUGUGAUUGUGUAUCAUUAUUGUUGUUUUAAAUGUUCAAGAUUAAGAAUAAAAUGUAUAAAAACCUAUACCUUAUUUGUUAAUUUUA